AUAAAAAGGGCCAAAAAGCAGAGCGUACGGUUACCGAGGAAGCAGUGGUGGUGGCAGAUAAGCCCCCUCCGUCUGGCUUCCACCUCCCACUCUCUCCUCACCACAAUUCUCGUUCCUAUGCCAUUUCAAUCCUAAUUCAACCUCCUCUGCUUUUAUUACCAGCAAUCUUUCAUCACAUAUAACCGUCUUUGUAGAUUCAAGAAUCUGUGUUUGAAGCGAAAAUGCCCGAAUCUGCAACCGAUAAACCAAAACCAGCCACACACAAAGAACACUUGACGGAAACUCGCAUCUCACCGACUAGCCCGUUGAGUACCCAUACCACCGGGAACGGGUCAUUUGAUUUAAGCAUCAGCAGCAGUCAUAACUCCAUUGAUCAACUGUAUAACAAUGUAUGUGAUAUGGAGAGUUCUGAUAAGUCCUCUUCAAGAUUCAGUUACUUGUCCUACGGUCAGGAAUCACGAAUUGAUUCCGAGUUACGUUUUCUUGCUGGUGGCGGCGGCUUUGCAAAAGCCGACACUAACAGCAAGACAACUGUCGAUGAGAAAGAAUGUACAGAGGCCCGUGUAAAGGGUGAUGAGAAAGAAGAUGAAGUUUCGGAAGCUACUACCCGUAAAAACACGAAAACAAGGCCACCUUCACCGGCUAGAUCUUCAUCUCCUGCAAAGAUCCCGAAGCCAGGUGCAAAGAAGAAACCUGUCGGGUCAAAGUUGACUGUGAAGAAGAGCGAAAAGAAUUCGAAUACUGAAGAUCCGAGAUACGUUGGGCAGUAUUUGCUAAAGCAAGCUCGGGAAUUGGUGGCAGCAGGUGGCGAUCCAAAGAAAGCGCUUGAAUUGGCGAUACGGGCCAAGGACUCGUUUGAAAGUUGUCAAUCGGAAAAGCCUGAUUUGGAGUUUGUUAUGUGUUUGCAUAUGGUAGCGGCACUUUAUUGCAUAUUAAGGCAGUAUGACGAAGCUAUACCCGUUGUUGAAAGAUCGAUUGAGUUAACGAACAUAAAUGGAGGACAAAAACACUUGUUGGCUAAGUUUGCGGGGUGUAUGCAGCUCGGUGAUACAUACGCGAUGCAAGGAUAUAUCGAGAAAUCGAUACUUUGUUAUAAAGCGGCUUUGGAGAUUCAAAAACAUGUUCUAGGUGAACACGAUGCGCGGUUGGGAGAGACGUGUAGGUAUGUAGCCGAGGCUCAUGUUCAAGCAAUGCAGUUCGACGAGGCGAAGAUAUUAUGUAAAAUGGCUAUUGAUAUACACGGGAAAAACGGAACGAGUAAUUCGCUAGAAGAAGCGGCGGACCGGAGGCUAAUGGGCCUUAUUUGUGAUUCGACGGGAAAUUACGAAGCUGCCAUCGAGCAUUACAUGUUGGCCCGGUUGGCGAUGUCAGCAAACGAGCAUGACUCCGAUGUUGCUGCUAUUGAUGUUUGUAUUGGUGAUGCGUAUCUAUCGUUGGCUCGAUAUGAUGAAGCUAUUUUCAGUUAUCAGAAGGCACUCAACGUGUUUCGGUUUACGAAAGGAGAGAAUCAUUCAUCGGUCGCUUCGGUUUAUGUUCGUUUGGCUGAUCUCUACAAUAAAAUCGGGAAGUUCCGUGAAUGUGAAACGUAUUGUGAACACUCGUUGCGCAUAUACCUAAAAGCUAAGCCUAAGGCCCGGAGCCCGAAUGAUGAAAUCGCAAACGGGCUUAUUGAAGUUUCCGCGAUUUACGAGUCAAUGAACCAACUGGAACAAGCCCUUGACUUACUCAAGAAAUCACUCAAGGCUUAUGGAACGGGCCCGGGUCAACUGACAACGGUGGCUGGAGUCGAGGCUCAGAUCGGUGUAUUAUGUUACAUGAUGGGUAGUUAUUUCGACUCGUACGAUUACUUCAAAAGUUCUAUUUCAAAGUUUCGGGUUGCCGGAGAAAAGAAAUUGGGUGUUUUCGGGGUUACUUUGAACCAAAUGGGACUAGCUUGUGUUCAGAUUGAAUCGUUUGAUGAAGCUGCUGAUGUCUUUGAAGAAGCUAGAAGUGUUUUGGAGACAGAAUACGGACCUCAUCACCCUAGCACACUCGGGGUUUAUAACAAUCUGGCUGGUACUUAUGAUGCGUUGGGAAGGUGGGACGAUGCAAUUGAGAUAUUGGAGUAUGUUGUGGGGAUGAGGGAGGAUAAGCUUGGAACGGCGAGCGCUGACGUGGACAACGAAAAGCGGUGGCUGGCGGAGCUGUUGAAAGAAUCCGGCAGGAAUAGGAGGAAGGGAUCCCGGUCACUGGAAUUUCUUCUCGAUGGUUGAUCCAUGCUUUUUUGUUUAAUUUCUACUUUUGUAGCUUUUACCAAAAUGUAUAGUUUUGUAUAUUAUUUUUGUUUCUAUUUAUUUUGCUGUGUCUUCCUUUUACAAUUCAAAGGUAAUGUUUAACUUAUAAAUUAUGAUGCGAUGUAUCAUU